CUAACGACAUGAACAACAGCGAAUUCUCAAAUUUUGGGGACGACCUGUCCCUUCCUCAGGACGAUGGAAUAUUUCCAUAGAAAAGAAAACUAAAGAGAAAAGGAAACUAACACUACAACCAAUAUGAGAUUGAUCACUGUUCGUUAUCUUCGCCUUUCAUGUGGUAAUAGAAAAGUCUGUUCAAAUCGAGCGUCAAGACUGAACUGAGUUCAUGUAAUGAAACCACAAUCAGAUAAUUAAGUUUGGGUUCGGGAAUUAUAUAUUCAUAAAUAUAGAUACGACGCAAUAAGCUAGAGUUGGACUGACGAAAUGAUCCUCCUGUCCCUGUUAGUUACCCCCUCACUAUUGCUACCUUGUUAUCUCCCUAUCUGCCAACAACACUUCACAAGAAUAGCAUGUGUGGACCUCUAUUAUCUAAAUGAUUAGUGUUUCGUAUGUAUUGACACAGGUAAACCUUCAAACCAUUUCAACACACAGUUGAUAAUGUCUUUAAAAAGAUAAACAUCGUCUGAAAUCGAGUUAUGGUAUACAAAGGUUUAAGCUUUCCCUUCUAUAUUUUCACAGGACAUUAAUAAAACCCUGAUAUUUCCUACUUUUAAUAUUGCGGUGCAUUAUGUGGGUAACUAUUGCCAUUGCACUUUUAUUUGUUUCCCUGAUUUGGAGUCUGACUGGACGACGCAAGGGGCUUCCCCCCGGUCCGACAUGUUACCCCAUCAUUGGAAAUGUCGGCCUAUUCAAACCGUCAGAAGCCGUGCAAGGACACAGGAGACUGAGGAAGAUUUACGGAGAUUUUUAUUCUAUGAUGAUCUUCCACAAACCUAUGAUAAUCGUCCAUGGAUAUCAAAACAUUCGAGAACUUCUGGGUAAACAUGGUGAUAUGUUUUCUGAGCGACCAAAGGGUUUUGCGUCUGAAGUCAUAACAAAGGGAAAAGGUCUUAUCUGGUCGUCCGGUCCACUGUGGAAAGAACAGAGAACAUUCGCGCUGACAACGAUGCGUAAAUUUGGAUUCGGGAGACGCUGCAUGGAAAGUCAGAUCAUUGAAGAAGUAGACUGUCUAAUGAAUGAAUUAAAAAAAUAUAAAAACAAAGCUUUUGACAUUCAGACGCCUCUGAACACUUCGGUGUCAAAUGUUAUUUGUUCACUUUUGUAUGGUAAAAGGUUUGAUUAUGAUGAUUACAAAUUCAAACGUUUGAUUUCUAUCUUGAACAAACUGUUCUCCACCGGCAAUGCAUCUUCGCCAGCAAACAUUUUCCCGUCGUUGCGCCAUAUUCCAUGCUUUAGCCUUGACUCAGUAAUAGAAAAUGUGCGUUCUUUAAAGGGUUUCGUAAAGGAAAUGAUCGAGGAACACAAGCGAAAUUUUGACGAGGACAACAUCAAUGAUUACAUCGAUACUUAUCUUUUGGAACAAAAACAAAGAUCAAAUGAAGUCGACACUACAUUCACAGGUAAUGCAGAGAUAUCUACAUUCACAGGUAAUGCAGAGAUAUCUACAUUCACAGGUAAUGCAGAGAUAUGUACAUUCACAGGUAAUGCAGAGAUAUCUACAUUCACAGGUAAUGCAGAGAUAUGUACAUUCACAGGUAAUGCAGAGAUAUCUACAUUCACAGGUAAUGCAGAGAUAUCUACAUUCACAGGUAAUGCAGAGAUAUCUACAUUCACAGGUAAUGCAGAGAUAUGUACAUUUACAGGUAAUGUUAGCUUGAUCAAUAUGGUAGACUACAGUAUCCACUGGGAGAGGAUUUCCAGAACAAAUGGUUCUCAUAGACCAUGCAAUAUAUAUUUCAUCAGUCUGUUAUGUCGAUGUGCAAUAUUGUGCGAUUUGAUUGCAUGGAGAGAAAAUCGCAACUUCUCGGGCAUUUCCUGCUAGCAGAAAAGCAACCUCAAAUUAAUUACGAUAACCCCUAUCUUUUAUGGAAUUAAUAUACAAGAAUAGAAAAUUGUCUAUCGUCUUCUUUGGAAUUUUUUUUUUUGGGUAAGAAACGAUGAGAUUUCCAAAAAGGAAGUUUUAACUAUGUUAAAAAUUUCUAAUCAUACAGUGUAUAACAUGAGUGGAAAAAUCCAUCUUUGUGCAAAUUUCUUACAUCUCAUUAACGUAUGAAAUUCAAAGUACUUUUCCCGAGCAUGCUGGAAAAACUCGAGAUGUUGCGAUUGCAAGGAAAUAUUUUUCAUACAUAGAUGAACAGCUAAA